AUGACCGAAGAAACUCAAACACCAAAGACCUUCACCUUCCAUCAUGUCGAACUAGGCCCUAUGAGUGGCAUCGUCACGCCCAGCAAUGUUGUUCAGUUUCGCGCCAUACCAUAUGCUACGAUCUCAGCUCGCUUCAAGCAGUCUGUUCUUGCAGAAACGCUUGCGGGCAAAAGCGAUUUCAUAGAACAUGGCUACGCAUGUCCGCAAGUCUUUGGGGCCGACAUAAUGGGAGGUGGUAACUUCCCUGGCGAGAGCUUCCCACCCAAAUCCGACGAACUGAAAUGCGCCAUCCUCCAGCUCAAUGUACCGCUCUCGUGCCUCAAAGACCAGCCACUUUCUUCAAAGCUACCUGUACUGGUCUACAUACAUGGCGGAGGUUUCGUGCUCGGCAAAAUCGAUGAGCAGCACAACACAGCUCUUAUGGUGGAGCAAUCUAUUCUCGACUCUCAGCCCGUCAUCUCAGCGAGCAUACAAUAUCGUCUGGGUGCGCUCGGUUACUUGCACACCCCAGAAUCUGGAAACGCAAAUCUCGCUCUGAACGAUCAGCGGAAUGCACUGCUUUGGAUACAAAAGUUCGUCGAAGGAUUCGGAGGAGACAGAAAGAAAGUUACAGUGUUCGGCGAGUCUGCUGGAUCCAUGUCAAUAUGUGGUCACAUGCUGUCUGCUCCUCCAUCAUCAGGUCCGCUUUUUCAACGAGCAAUUCUGAUGUCUGGUAUCCUCGGGCCGACGACGGCACCAUUAUCACUUGAGAACGCAAGCAAAACUUACAAGAACUUCUUGCAAAGAGUUGGCAUUGAGGAAGAAGGAGAGGCCGGCCUUGAGCUACUACGUCAAUUGAACGUGCAAAAGAUCGUCGAUGCAUCUUCAGGAUAUCGCGCGGAUGGUGGCAUGUGGCUCUCUGUCCAAGAUCCAGGAUGGUUUGGUGAUGCAUCCGGUACCGUGACUUGGGAUCGCAUUCCUGAGUUGCUUAGCAAGUGCGAGUGGGUCAACGAGAUCAUGCUGGGGAAUACGGGCUUUGAGGGCACAACUUUCAUGUCGCAAAUAGCCGCUGUCAGCCCGGACGCUUUUCUCACUGGUAUUGCAACUCAAUUGGGCGAGAAGGGCGCGGAGCUUGUUGGUAAAGCUUAUGAUGUGACUCCGAAGAUUGACAAGAAUUUGUUCUUGACAGCAGGUGCGCGUUGGAUGGGCGAUGUCGUCUUCGAUGCGCCCACUCACCAACUAGCACAAUACCUCACCCAGCACACGAACAAAAAGGUCUACCGCUACGUCUUCGACGUCCGCAAUCCUUUCCCUAGUAGUCCCCUCUGGCAGCAGGCACAUCACUGGGUUGACGUCUACUUCGUGUUCAAAACAUUCCAGUUCCGCUACCCGACUCGAAGACUUAAGGACAUCUCCACCCAACAUGCGCAAAUUUGGAUCGGUUUUGCGAACGGAAGUACACCAUGGAAAGAGUACAAAUAUACUGGCAACGGAGACGAAGUGGUAAUGGUCGCGGAUGAGAGAGAUGGCUGGGUAGAAAGGACGGUUGGAGAGCAUGAAAAGUUGGUGGAUAACACCUGGCGGAGGUGCGAAGCGUUGUUUGAGAGUUGGGACAGUAUGAGAGGCAAAGAGUUCUCGCCGUUUGACAUCGACCCUAUGAAGGCGAAAAAGGCACCCUAG